AUGUACAAAGCCACACAAAAAGUACCUGCGUAUACACCCCAGCAGCAGCAGCAGCAGCAGCAGCAGCAGCAACAACAGCAGCUGCAACAGAAGCAUCAACAGCUGUAUCAACAACAGCAGCAGCAUCAACAGCAGCAGCAGCAGCAUCAACAACAGCAGCAGCAGCAGCAGCAUCAACAGCAGCCGCAUCAACAACAGCAACAGCAGCAGCAGUAUCAACAACAACAACAGCAGCAGCAGCACCAAAAACAACAACACCAGCAGCAGCAGCAGUAUCAACAGCAGCAGCAGCAGCAGCAGCAGCAGCAGCAGCAGCAGCAGCAGACUUUUUUGCUUUUGUUGAGUUUGGGUAAUCUACAACAAGUCCACCCUCAAAGCCGCAACGCAAAGCAGCAGAAGUUAAACUCUCCAGCUGCUCAGCACUAUCAGGAUAGAACUGCAGCGCCUGCAGCAGCAGCAGCAGCAGCAGCAGCAGCAGGGGUAGUGGUGGCAGCAGCAGCAGCAGCAGCAGCAGCAGGAACAGCAAGAGAGACAGCAGCAGCAACAGCAGUAAAAACAGCAGCAGCAACAGCAGCAGCAGCAGUAGCAGCCGCAACAGCAGCAACAGCAACAGCAGCAGCAGCAACAGCAACAGCAGCAACAGCAGCAGUAGCAGCCACAACAGCAACAACAGCAACAGCAACAGCAAUAGCAGCAGCAGCAACAGCAGCAGCAGCAACAGCAGCAGCAGCACUAGAAUUCAGGUACCCCUCAUCCUCGUCCAUGUCUCCAUCCGAGCUGCUGCUGUCCUCCCCAGAACCUGCUGCUGCUCCCGCAGCACCAGCAGCAGCAGCAGCAGCAGCAGCAGCAGCAGCAGCAGCAGCAGCAGCAGGGUCACCAUCAGACUUUAUGUCUGAGCAAAGCCACUGA